AUGGUUGCCACUUACGCAUUUAAGACGUAUGGAAUAUAUCGAAGAAAAACUAUUAUCUCAAAUUUAUUAUUUCAGUCCAAGUAUCUUUAUGCAAAUGCGAUGGCGUCUUUAUUCGGUAGACUCCUUCUGAUGCAACGCUUAUUGAUGAGAACUGAUGUAGAUUAUAACAAAGGAUUGUUCAAAUUGAAGUUGAUUGAGGAAGAAUCCCGUUUCUUUAAGACCAAGCGUGACAUGAACAAAGGGUAG